AUGUCUUUCCGUCCACAACACUACAACUACCAACCCCAUCCCCAUCUUCACUUGGACGCGUCGAGCUUCUUCGAGACUUCGUCAUUCGCACACCCUUCCCCUCCCUCUCCGCCUACCCCCCAACAUCAGCACUUGCGAUCGCAGACGCUCAAUCCUCUUGCUCCCUCGUACACUCAGCCCUUUCUUUCGCCUCCGCCAACUCCACCCGCCAUGUCGACCAGCAUCGUACCACCUCACUUCUACCAAGUUGCUGCCAAUAGCCGCGCUGCCUUCUCUACCCACAAUGGCACCAAGCCCAAGCGCGAACUGCCCGAUCCACUUCCAAUGCCCGUCAUUCGCACCAAUAUAAAAGGGGACGUCGAGGCCAGAGCGGAUCAACUCAUCAAGGACUUCCCUGGGAUUGCCUGCCGCCUUGUCGAUGAGCCGGAUUGGUGGGGUCUGCACGACUACUUUGAUGGCUACGACCUGUGGAUUGAAGGCCCCGAUUUCUGUUUCUUCGUUGCCAUCACCAUUGCCCGCAAGAAUCAAGAACAAGCUCGUCGUGUUCAACUUGAGCAACAAGAGCAGACUCGUCUUGCGAAAGAGAACGCUCUUAUCCUUGAGCAGCAACAAGCUAUGAUCCGCGAGGUCGCUGAAGACUGGGUCGAAUACCAUCAGCCAUUGGUCUUUCAUAACCGCCAUAUCCCCGAUCUCACCGUCUUCUUCGACGAGGUCGACAAGACCAACUUCAUCGACAUGAGACCAGAAGAGAUAAACUACUUCACGACUUGGCUCAACUUCUACCGCGAUAGAUUGCUGGCAAGAAUGGAUGAGCAGUCCCGUAUACUUGCAGAACGCCAUCGUGGACCUGUUCCACCUUUUGGCGGCCCUCCUAUGUUUGGUCCUCAACAGCCUGGCCUAUACACUGGAUAUCAGCUUGGUCAAGGUCCAAUUAUGCCACUUCCGGGCCAAAUUACAUUGCGCCAGCAGCGUGGAGGUUCUAUGGCCUCGAUGGGUCCUCGUUCAGUUGUUGAACAGCAGAGUGGACAUUGUGAAUCCUUCUCAAACCAAGCACCUCGGGUUUAUAGCAUCCACCCUUCUCGCCAACCGUAUAUACCCACAGGCCCGGCUGCCGACGGCUACCUCAGCCACAAUCGACAACGAGGCUUCUCAAAUGCAUCUCGAGAUGGAAGAGUUUUCCAUCGAAACUCGGUUUCAAACAAUCACAACAACCGACGCCAGCCCGGAAACAAUCUUAGGGGAAGCCCUCAUGGCAACACUCCCACCCGAGAGCCAGUCUACAUACUCCACAGCCCUCGCAACGUCCCUCCGUCUGUAAGCGUUACCCAGCGUAAUAUCUCAGAGCCUAUUCCUGCUGUCCCAUCUCCAUAUCGAAAUCAAGCACCUGGUGGACACUACGGCUCACCCUCCGGUCAUCGAAAUGUCUCCCACAACUCGGCCAACGAUACUUCCCCUCCUAGUCAAAUGACUCUACAGACUGCUCAGCGCAGCGUCUCUGGUUCUGCUACCCUCCAAACUGCUACCAUGCCACCACUCCCUAUGCGUUCUAAGGCGCAAGUUUUCAGUAACGACGCACGAGUCUCGAAUGGCCAUCAUGAGCCACAAACUACUGGCCGACUCUUCAGCGGUACUCAUGAUAAAAAAUCAGUAUCCCUGCGAUCCCCUGUUCCGACUUCGAGCGGUGAUGCUUACACUAUGUACUAUCUUCCGCCACGCGGUAAAGACCAUGAAAAUGUCAGAACUGUGCAUGUUUUCAGAUUCAGCGAGGAUGCGUUCCGCAGUCAUGUCAUCAAGGAUAUCAUGGAAGAGUGUGGCCAAGUUGAGAGCGUACACUACCUGGCUUCUAAGGGCCGAACAUUUGUUACGUUCGUUGAACACGCCUCGGUCGAACGAGCGAUUCUCCGCUGGAAUGGAGCUGAUUUUCAUGGUUGCACCCUAAAUCUGAGCGUUCCUAAUACUCUGAGAGACCGAUCAGGUAGCAACGCAAGCCACUAUCUUCAUGGUGACCAGCGAGACUAUGGCCCACACCAACGUCGCAUGUCCAAUCGUAUCUCUAACUAUAAUGGCCCUGCACACUCACGAAAACCGUCUGUUGGUCUUCAAACCAAUGGCAACUCUCCAGCAAAAAUUUAUUUUGAGGACAAUCAACUACGCUCUCAAGAGACCGAAGUGGCGCAACACCAGACUGCCAUGAAAAAUUACGUUCAGCAACAAUUUGUCUUGGGGAAUGUUGCCAAUCGUUUCAACGGCAAGAGCUCCGCUGAUAGACCUGAGCCAAAGAUCUAUAUGCAACAAGGGAUGAUUUAUCCUGGCUCUGACAUGAAGAAGGAAAAUUUCGCACCAGGAAAGAGUGCUGCAUCUGUCAGCAAUUACCCGAAGAAUAACAAGAAGGGAUCAAGGCAAAACACGUCGGCUCGUCCUACCCCGGCAGCUUCCCCAGUCAAGUCUCUUUCGGCUGCUGAUUCUAAGGACCAUAGUUUCUCCGAGAACUCGGCGUCAGCCACUGUCAAGAUUCACCUAAAUCAAUCACAGGGCGGCAAGAAGAAAAACAAGUCGAGCGCAAAGAAGAUCAUUGGUACGUCCAGAAGCGAGGCUUCUUCAACCACAGAUGCCACCAUGCAGACUGCAACUUCGCCAGCCGAUUCUACACCCAUGACCAGAGACACUUCUUUCAGCAGCAUACCCAGCCGAAAGCCUAGCGUGGCCACAGAGACACCAUCGAUCCCAAGAUCCCAAAGCGCUAUUGAACUUCCGAGCCAUGCUUCGAGCAAGAACACCGCGUCGAAGGCCAAGCCAAAGCAGAGAAUAAAGAUUCAUGAGCCCAAGCUGGAGGUCAAGAACGCCGAGCUUUCGGCGGCAAAGAUGCCGGUUCCCAUCCCAGAGGGUUUUGAGGUUCCAGAAACUAAAGGGAUUACAAAGUCGGAUCCCCUCAGUCACUCGAAGCACGACAGCAACGUCUCGACGGCCAGCAAGUCACCCAAGAGAAACUCCGAUAUCAAAUUUGCCACGUCUCUUGUUUCCGAGCAAGUUCCUGUUAUGGUUGCUCCCUUGGUAGAUGAGAAGAUGGAAGUGAAGGCAUCUAUUACUCCCUCAUCUGGUCUUCUUACGGUAGGCGUCUCAUCAAAGAGUUCCGCAACUUCUCUGAAGGUUGAUCAUUGGCCAAUUCUUGCACCUGCCAAGCCUCCAAACAUCGAUAGCAAGCUGCCACCCCCAGUCAUGGGUCCACUGACUGCCGCCUCCAAGGACGGGAAGAAGAAAAAGCUUGUGCCGGCCGUGGCUGUUCCGCGAGCCUUCGAGACUCGCCCUCAGCCGUCUACGUAUGAGCUGGGGACCAAGACAUGGCCAUUUGUGCGGAAUACGAGGCCGAAAUAA